AUUCACACACACAUAUUCAGCUGAGCUUGAACACAGUAAAGCUGAUAAACCACUUUAUCAUCACUUCCCCAAAGUCCUUCACGCAGCUCAUCUUUCUGUCCAUCAGAUGGUCAUAUUUCUCUUUCUGACAGGCAGCUCGGCUCGGCUUGGCUGAUGGACAUGAGGUCUAUGCUGAUACUAGCAGUGUUGUUGGCUCUCAUAAGGGAAGACAAGGGACAGAAACCAACAGUGUCUCUCCUGCCGAAGUUCCCACAGGUGUAUAUUGGAGAUGACGUCACUCUGAUCUGUAACCGUAAAGGAGGGAGUAAACCAACAACAUGGUUUAUUAAUGACAAACAACAAUCACAUCAGGAUUAUACAAUGUUUCUUACUGCAGUGACACCAAAAAACAACAGCGAGUAUAAAUGUGUGCAGAACGGACUGAUGAGUGACCCGCUCACACUCACUGUACUGGAGCUGGAGCCUCACGCUCAGCUCUCUCCAUCUGUAGGAGGUGCUGUGAUGACCAAAGGAGAUGGAAGAAACCUGGUGCUGCAGGCGGAAGAUGAGCUGAAGAACUGGACUUGUUCUGUGUUGAGAGGAGUGAGCCGCUUCGGUUUAGGAGUCAAUGUUGAUGAGCAGAUGAAGAGAGCUGUUAUAUUUGCAGAAUUAAAAGAGGCAGAAAGAGCCACUUUCUGGUGCCAGAAAAAGAAUUUCAGUCGAAGCAAUACAGUGACGCUGAAAAUGACAGAGCUCAUGGUGAUGUUGGUUCCUCCGGCCGUUCCUGUGCUGCAGGGGGAGUCUGUGGCUCUCAGGUGUGUAGUCUGGGGUGGACCGGAGCUGGAAAAUGCCGUCUUCUAUAAGAAUAAAAUAAAACUCCCAGAGUCAUCUAAAGGCACAUACACCAUCAUCAACGCCACACAAAAUGAUAACGGCAAGUACAGCUGCCGCACCACCUACAAGUUCAGCCACAUCAGUGCAGGAGCUGCACAGAAGGAAGGAGAAUCUGAUGCCCAGGAGUUAAAAGUUAUAGGCGGGCCUGCUGCUGCAGUUAUUUCAGGGUCUACUAAGAGUCUGCAGUGUUCCUGCCCUCGCUGUCCUGACGACUGCACGUCCUGCCACUGGUAUCACACACUCUUUAAUGACCCACACUCACGCAGAAGACUGCCUGAAAAUGACCGGUCCAUUACCGCCGAAGAAGAAGGACUGUACAGCUGCCGGUUUGACUGUGGGAAAGGUCUCUCCCGUUUCAGUGACAGUUACAGCUACCACGCACAACCUGAGUCAAACGUGAUGGCCAUCAUGGUGGCAGCGAUUCUGAUUGUUCUCGGGCUGUUGAUCGUCUUGCUGAUCGCGCUGAAGCGCAGACGUGGAGAAAGCAACGUCCAGACGACCAAACAGGAUAAAGACAAGACGACAGGUGGAGAAUAUGAGCAAAUCCAACUCAAGAACAAGGAUCAGGAGGUUUAUCACACGCUGGGCGAGAGCACGGGCAAGGACCAGGCCGAGGGGGGUUACGAACCCCUACAAAAGAAGCAGGAGGAGGGGGUGUACCACACACUAGGACCUGGAGAGGGUCAGGGUGAGGGUCAGGGUGAAGGUCAAGGUGAGGGUCAGGGUGAAGGUCAAGGUGGGUACGAGGCUCUUAAGAGCGUCAAAGCCGAAGUGUACCAAACACUGAGUUCAGCUGACGCGAAAAAACCAGAAGGAGAAGCCGAGGGAGGGUACGAGCAACUUCCUCAGAAAAACAAAGAUUAUGAGGCCGUGACAGUGGAGGAAAAUCCAUACGAAGAAGUGAAGAAACAGAUGGGCAAAGAGAAAGAAUGAGGGAAUCUGAGAAAGAAUAGUCAAAUGGCAAUGCCUGCAUUCUCACGUUGAUGUAUUAAAUGUAAUGCAUUAAAGCAAUACUUGGUACUCCACCCCAAAAAAGAUAAUGUUCACAUGCAUGGACAAAUGCACACACACACACACACACACACACAUACAUAAAUUUGUGUGUGUGUAUGUGCAUGUAUGUAUGUAUAUCUAUAUAUAUAUAUAUAUCUAUAUAUAUUUCUUCAGAUGAACACAAACUAAGAUUUUUUAAAAAAAAAAAUAAGGUUACUAUAAUAUUCUCAAAUAAUAAAUUUAACAAAAGAAGUGUCACCUUUGGGAUAGGUAGACAUGAUCUGGGGGGUGAACGUGACCUGCAAUGAUCUUGAUCUUUUAACCUGCAACUACAUCAAAAUCCUCCUCAAAGUGAGUUUCAGGAGAUCCCAGAUAAUCCACUGCAGCUCGCAUUCAGAUCCCAAUCUAUUUUGAUCAGAAACACCACUUUACAUCAAUUAUUGAAGGACAAAAUCAAAUAACUUACUUUUUUUUCCCUAAUUUCACACUGAAGUAUUUCCAUAAGUUAUUGGUGAAGAAAUAGGCUAACAAACUUUAACUUUAAAGGGAUA